AAUAUUCUUUUUUUUUUUCUUUGUCUCAUUUCACUACCUUCAUGUCGAGUGGUUGUUCUGGAAUAGUGAAUGACUAUAUCUACAGUGUGAACCCUACUCUCAAUGGGUCUUACAGUAUCACCACCGAAUCAGUUACCAAUCCUGGAACCUUAGGCAAUUGUCAACCAACAUCACUUGGCUCUUCUUUCAAAUAUUCAGCUUGUACAAUAACCAAUUAUCCUUCUUCCAUUGUCUUGGUAGGAACUGAUAACAAUGCUCCUGCGGCAUAUUAUAUCUCUAUUGGUCAAACUGGUUGCCAAUCUCCCAAAGGUUUCUCUCCUCUUAGUGGUGUGGUUCAACCUGUUUCUGUGAUUCCUGCUCCAUGUUCAGAACCGUCUACAACAGCACCUUGUAUCGCUAUUCUAGGUACAACAACAUCCAAUGUUACUCCUCCUCAAUAUAUUAUAGACUAUCCUUUGGCUGGUGGUACAAAAUCAUCCAACUUUUCCGUAUCCUAUACAGAUCUUACAUCAGCUCCUCCAUUGCUGGCUGUGAAUCCGUACGACAACUCCACCCUCUAUGUACUUGGCUAUCCCUCAAGGAAUGAAAUGCUCGUGAAACCAAAUACUUAUCAAUCUACUGAAUCUGUUUUACCUUCCGAUACCACAAACACCAUUACCAGCAACACUGUUACCAGCAUCAGCAAUACACUGCCUACUCUUACCGGUCAUGCUAUAAAACGAGCUUUACCCAGUCCUGGACUUGCUAGUGAUACUAUUCUUACAUUGAACGAAAACAUUGAAGGCACUGGUCCUGCUAUCUCUGCAGGCAACAACGUUGUCAUCGUGUCCAAAGAUAGCGUGUCGGUUCAAGUUUUGUCCAUGAAAUCAUCAUCAUCCUACGUUGUUUCCAAACCUAAUCCAUUAUUAUCUUCAUUAGAUGCAAGCGGUAUUUCAGGUAUUGGUUCUAUAGUACAACAAGAUCAGCAACAAUCUACCGUUUGGAUCAGUUUUAUCGACCAACAAGGAAAUCCCAGACUCACCUCAAGCAGUCAACCGUCUCUCUUCGCUCCUCCUUCUGAUGCCAAUCCAUCCACAUCUAGUUCCGCUAGCAACUAUCCCAUAUCAUCAGAUGCAGGUACAGAAGGAUUGUCAACAGGUGCUAUUGUCGGUAUUGUUAUUGGUUGUGUCAUCGGCGGUAUACUUUUUUGUGGUCUGGCCUUCUUUUUCCUUCGACGACGAAGACAACGACAGCAUCAAUUACGACAACAUGAAGACGAAGGCGGUAUUACUUUGACGGAUCAACGUCUCUUAUCGGAAAAACUAACGUCAGCUUCGACACCUACAACUUAUCGAUCUGUACCCAUCAAAGAUGAUGCUAGUAACAACAUCAUCAACAACAAUAACAAUAAUGAAAAGGUUGAUGCAUCCACUGCUGCUGCUGCUAUUGCUGCUGAUGCCAUUACUCAAUUGACAAGAACAAUCAACAACACAUCGUCAUCUCAAGAUAUUGAUCUUUAUGAACCAACUGGAACUAGUGACACUUUGUAUUUAGGUGAAGCGAUCUAUAGUUUACACAAGGAAUCACCGAUCUAUGCAGUGUUCCCACAAGGCUACGCAACUCGUUCAGCAACAAGAACGAACAAUCUACAUCAACAACCGACGGAAUGUACCAUCCAUUAUUUCCCAGCGACAUGUGCAACAUGUUUUGGCCAACUGAUACAGACAACAACGGAUUUACAAAAUCGAGAUGGUGGAUUGACAACCCUGGAUGCGAUUACAUUAUCACGACCUACAGCACAUGGUGGAUAUCAGUACAUAUGGAUCACAUCCCCUUUCUCACUUCAUCGGACCUUGUAUCAUCUGUUAUACGAAGGUAGCUUGGGUGCUGUGGUGGAUCACACUCAAUUCUCAUUCAAGGCAUGGUCAACACUCUCAAUGCUCAAAACCUUAGAUCAUCUACAUCGUCAAGGUUGGAUUCAUCGAAAACUGAAUUUACAUAGUUUCUUUUAUCAUCAAGCAAGUACAGUGACGGAUUGGUCCUUGACUGGGUUUUAUCAAUCCAAAGUGUACACUGGACAAUUGGAAAAUCAUUUUCUUCAACAACAGCAAAUGAAUGAACAAGGCAAUAUACAAUUGGAUGAAUUUAGUGCACCUGAAUGGAUACUUCAUACCAACAAUACUCAUUUGGAUGCUUCCACCAUGAUUGUAUCUCAACCAUCCAUGGAUAUUUGGUCGCUAGGACUUAUUUUGUAUACAGUGGCGACAGGUAAACCGGCCUUUCUACAUUUCCACGAUUAUCAAACGACGGUUGCCAAUAGGCUUUUGCAAGCAAGAUUAGAUGCACUCUUGAAAGAAGUGGCUUCGGUGGAUGAUACUUACAAGGAAUUGCUAACUCGGAUGUUACAAAUUGUUCCUGAUGCCCGUGAUACUUUGCCAAAUCUGAUCAACUACUGGAUGCACGCUAAUCAACUGGAUGAUGAUGAAUGAAUGACCGUAUUAUCUGGACUGUUGCUCAUACACAUUAGAUAUAUUUCCCCUUUCAUAGUAUCGCCCGUCUAUCCGACAACGAC